UUACUUCCAUUGAACAGACAAUCCAAUAAGCUUAAGAGAAUAAGCUCUAAAAUCUAAUUAAUAAACAUCAUCGAUGCAAGCAUAAUACGAUACAUGAACUAAUCAUAUCAAUCGAACAAUGUUAUUAAAGAUCUAAAUGGUAAAGUGUAAUGUUAGUAAACCGAAAGUGUUGUGAAAACAGUAACAAUGAAUGAAACAGUGGAAAAAAUUACGGAUUCACCAGCGGAGCUGACUACAUUUAACUAUGAAACGACGACGAACCAAUCAAUAGCGAGCAAUGAGACAUGGGUGACGCUGUCGGAGAGAAUAAUAGAUACGGUUAUGUUUUACUAUUUGCCAUUGCUGGUGCUGGGAGGAAGCAUUGGCAACAUAUUAUCGGUGAUGGUGUUCUAUAAAACAAAAUUGAGGAAACUAUCGUCGAGUUACUAUCUAGCUGCGCUCGGUGUCAGUGAUACAUGUUUUCUUUUGACAUCAUUUUGUCAAUGGUUCAAUUUUGUCAAUAAUUACAACUUGUAUAAUCAGAAUAUAUUUUGCCAAUUUUUUACGUACUUGAGCUACUUGAGUAAUUUUCUGUCGGUAUGGUAUGUGGUAGCUUUUACAGUGGAACGAUUUAUAGCCGUACUGUAUCCAUUAAAACGGCAAACAAUGUGUACGGUUCGUCGUGCGAAAAUUGUUUUGUGCGGAUUAACAGUGGUUGGGAGUGUAAUUAAUUUUCCCAUGAUUGUCUAUUCAAAUGUGGUGUACACGGAGAACUCUACUACAUGCGGUCUAAUGGACGAGUAUAAGGAUGACAUGAAAAUUUUCAAUUAUGUGGAUACAGCUGUAGUAUUCGUUAUUCCUUUGACGUCCAUAAUCAUUUUAAACACAUUUACGGGCUAUACCGUGUGGCGCGUCGCUGGAGUAAGAAGAACAAUGACAACACACAAAAGAAAAACAACCAGCAUACGUGAAAAUAAAUUGCAUCCUUCGAUUCAAAAAUGCACCCACCCGAAUGGAAAUCAUAGCACGAAACAAUCGUGUCCAAAAACAGUUCGACAGAAAAUUACCAAUUCUUCGCAGAUGAAAGUGACAAAAAUGCUGUUGAUAAUUUCGUCGGUAUUUGUUUGUCUCAAUUUGCCGAGCUAUGUGGCGAGAAUGUUGGUAUUUCUAGAGAAAGACUCUAAACCAUUCAUCGUUCUGCAAUACUUUGCUUACAUACCAUACUUAACGAACUUUGGCAUAAAUUUUAUAUUAUACUGUGUGAGCGGCCAAAACUUUAGAAAAGCAAUUCUAAGCAUGUUCAGGAAAUCAACGACGCAGAGACAGCAAGAGGGUGUGACGCAGGUAACAGUUUCAGAAUACAUACGAAGCACCGGAUCGAACGCAUCUCGCCGACGAACGGUCACUAGAAACGGAUCGUGGAACGAAGUGCACGAGUUACAUCCGAUGAAAUGAAAACCAGACGUGGAUGACGAUGAAGGACUAUUGAUUGUGUUAUAAAGUAGCCGUGGUUCAAAAAGGUGUAUGUUUGUUAACAGCAAAUAUAUUGGAAUCGGACGAUUUUCUGCAACCACUUUAUCUGAGUUUAAAGGCAGUCACCCGUCGGUCGCAUCACAGCUUUUAUAUGUUUCCAAAUAUUAUUUUAUAGCGUAAUAAUAAAAUGGGACGUUUGUAUUUCAUUUAAAAUUAUAAAAAAAGAAACAUCGAAUUAAAGAUAGGAGUUCAUUGCAAUAUAACAUCGCACAAAACGAAUGCAUUGUGACGGUUGAAUCAAUGGUUUAUGUUUGGUUAUUUAUAUAUCACAACAUUAAAAGUCUGCAACAGAGUUUAUAUCCAUCGCAUAUCAUUUCGUUUCUAUCUGAUACAAUAACAUUUUUCGAUCUCAAAAUGUAUCAAUAAAAAGUAUCGAGUUCAGCAAUUUGAUUUCAUCUGAAGCUACUUCAUCGUCCAGAGAGUAUCCAAUUUUUUGAUCAUAGACCUUAUUUUAUUGUGCAUAGCUUGCGAAUGGAAUGCAUAAUCGAGUUAGUUGGUCGUGUAUCGAACGUUUUAUUGUCGACUAUGUGUUUUGCAAAUCGUUUGCAAAUUUUCAAAUACUUAUAGUCGAAUAGGUCUGAAGUUUUGUGAAUAACGGUCUAACGAAUCAAAGGGGAAAACGGUGAAAUUUCACAGAUGUAAGUUUCUGAAUAAGCCACUAACUAAUGAACGUAGAAAACGAUGAAAUUUCACAGAUGUGGAAGGAAUUAUUAUUCAAAUAAAUUUUGAAGUAAAACUUACGAACGCUCUGUUCGAAACAUAGUAGAAAACUUUAUGAAAUUCUGUAUUUGAUUCGAUUUGAAUAUACAUAAAAUAAUGUUGAUUUCCAUGUCAUAUUUUCCACAAGAAUAUAAAAUGUCAAUAGUCAUCAUCAGACAAACAUAAAAAUAAUUCAGUUGGACGAAUCGACGAGGUUCGUAUUGCACACAGAAUCAUCAAUAUAGUGAGAAAUAAAUUGAAGUAUCAGUGUCGUAUAGUGAUUGUUUCACUGUUAUAGCAAUGAAUUGGAAAUAAAUGAGAGUAUACAACCUGUUGACCUAUGAUACCGAUAUUCAGCAGUUUUCGUUCAAUAUAGACAUUAUAGCAUACAUGCAUGUACAGACAAAUCCAUCUCAAAAGUUGGGAAAGGUGAAGGACGGAAAAGUUUUCGGUAUACAAAAAGGCUCAGAAACAUAUAUUCAAAUAUCAAACAAUUCAGAAGAAAUAAUUUUGUAUCUUUGAUGGGAUGCUGUUUUUGUUUUCCAACAAAAAAACAAUUCGAUAACUCUCAGCAACUUCAACCGGCUCAAGAGACAAACGGGAAAAAA